AGUAUCUUGUGAUGCUGCGUCAUGUGACUGAGCUGUCAAUCAGAACGGUGCCCGGGAGGAGAGGGGACUCAUGAUGGGGACGAUGUCUAUGUUGCUGUUCUCCGUGCGGCUCUUUCUCGGGCUACAGGCUGUACUCAGCCUGGGACUCGGAGGUCGGAACAUGUGGCUGAUCAAGGAGAAAGUGCUGCAAUCCCGGGAGCAGAGGGUCCAGAAGCACCUGGUGGAGAAGUGGAAAACCUUUGCGGCCGUUGGCAGUGUUAAAUGGACUGAGCCCAAGGAGGGGCUCUUCCCACAGCCACUUGAUCACUUCAACAGAAGGAACAAUGGCACUUUCAAGCAGAGAUACUGGGUGAACGCUGAGCUGUGGGAGCAACAGCAGGGUCCCGUGUUCCUGUAUAUUGGUGGAGAGAGCGCUCUGACAUCAUACUCUGUACUGGCAGGCGAGCAUGUGGACCUAGCGCGGAAAUACAAAGCCCUGUUGGUGUCUCUAGAGCACCGGUAUUACGGAGCAAGCAUUAAUCCUGAUGGGCUGACCAAUCAGAACAUCCAUUAUCUGUCCAGUCAGCAAGCGCUAGCUGACCUAGCGAUGUUCCAUGAGUUCAUUGACCAACAGUACAACCUGACCAGAAACAACCGCUGGAUUUGCUUUGGGGGCUCUUACCCAGGGUCCCUCUCUGCAUGGUUCCGACUGAAGUUCCCUCACUUGGUUUUUGCUGCUGUUGCCUCAUCUGCCCCUGUCCAGGCCCAGCUGGAUUUCACUGGAUACAACAAGGUAGUAUCCAGGAGCCUGUCGAACCCGGUUGUUGGAGGAUCCCCAAAGUGCCGGGCCGCCGUGGCACAGGCCUUCUCCAGGUUGGACAGGAUUCUAGCGCGAGGUAACACCUCCGGACUGGAGGCAGACUUCAAGUCGUGCCAGAAGCUGAACGGGAACGACGACCGCGGGGAGUUUGCCGGCAACCUGGCGGACAUCGUCAUGGGGACCGUCCAGUACAACGAGGAGGCGGUGGGCUACAGCAUCGCCAACCUGUGCCAGAUCAUGACCAAUGAAAACCUGGGCUCCGCCUACCAGAGGCUGACCGUCCUCAACAAGAGCUACAUGGACAGAAUGGGGCUGCAAUGCGUGGACAACUCUUACCAGAACGCCCUGAAGGAACUCAUGAGCACCGAGGUGGAACCGUUUGGAGUGGGAGAACGUCAGUGGUAUUACCAGACCUGUGCCGAGUUUGGUUACUACCAGACAUGUGAGGAUGAAGGCUGCCCGCUCUCCCGCUGGCUGACGCUGCGAUCUCAGGUGGGUCCCUGUGCCCAGGUGUUUGGCAUCGACCCGGGCAAGGUGCAGAGUGCCGUCAAUUUCACCAACGAUUAUUACGGAGCCAAUCACCCUGCGUCGAGUCGCAUCAUCUUCGUCAACGGUGACAUCGACCCAUGGCAUGUACUCAGCGUGCUGAAGAACCAGUCCAGAUCGGAAGUGGCAGUGGUCAUUAAUGGCACCGCGCACUGCGCCAACAUGAAUCCUGUGCAGGAGAGAGACCCGCCCUCUCUCCGACAGGCCAGACAGAAGGUUGAUGAUCAGAUUGGAGCCUGGUUGGCCAAGGAACACCUGUAUCCAUGGUAACCGUGGCCCAGAACUCUGGUUGUGGGAAGAAGGCACCUUAUUCUCAAUGACUGACGGGCAUGCAGGGAUUUCCGGUUUUGGGAAGGGUUUGCCCCCAUUGAUCCAGCCAUUGAGAAUCUCCUGAAUCUUUCCCUCUUUUUUACUGAUUGUCUUUCCCCUCCCCCUCCCUCUCCUUCUAUCUCUGUCCCUCCCCCUUCCCCUCGCUGCUUUUCUGUGCCUUGGAGGAAUCUGGGCAGGAACGGUGAUUUCCUAAGUACGCCUUGGGGGAGGGGGGUUUAAAUAUCCCACCUUUUAUGUGCACCUCAUGUUCCCUGUAGCCUGGGUGUGGCCCCUCCUCCACACAAGGCCUGCAGCUGGGCCUGGGGAGGGUGGUGCUGUUCUCUGUGCUCGGAUAUGUUCUUCCGUCGCUGUCGCCCUGACUGCCUGUGGCCCUCACCAAGAUGGAGGCAAAGUGGAGCCUGUUUUCCCUUUGCUUGUCCCAGGAGUGUCGAACCAGCCUUCACCCACCCCCCCACCCACGUGAGGGCUGGGAGAGAAUGAGAUCACCUACCCCACUCCCACCCCUUAUGGAAGACUUUGCAACUAAGUGGAGUUUUAAUUUAGGGGAGGGAGGUGGCCUUUUAGAUAGAUUCCUCUUAAGGUUCCUUCCUCUUAACUGAGGGUUGUGCCCAGUCCCUUCUGCAGUAAGCAACUUUGCGAUUUAGGUUUCACUGCUAACUUGGGGUGACACUCGAUAAGGCCCCAGUCUUUUCCGAGGUGACUGUCCACUCCGUCAGGAGAGGGCCCUGGAUACGUGUCUCAUCUCGCUGGUGUCUGCCUUCAGAGCCGUUGGACUCUUGUUGGGAUCAGCUGCCUCUUCCAUCAUUCUAGACUUGCACUUGGAGGAAUUACGUCCCCUAUCGACACCAGGCGAUGCUGUUGGUUCCCUUGGUUAACUUAGCCGGUCAGCCGAGGUGAGGUACCAGGGUAUGCUUGCUGGCUUGUGCCUUACCAGGCGUGUGAUGGUAUAAGUGAGACCUGUGGGGGAGACCAAUGAGUCUUCCCCAUAUUGGAAACUGGAGUGCGCAGCUGACAACUUGAGGUACUUGGUCUGUCACAGAAAUCCCCCAAAUACCUCAACAGAUUAACGCGCAAGUAACUGAAGCACAGCUGAAGGUGAGAUCGAUCCCAGGAGGCAGACAAGCCUCCGCGGUUGUUACUUUUAAAAAUGCUUUGAUUCUUUUUACCAGAUUCUAUUUUUUACAAAAAUCGGUCCGAGUUUUUCACAAUUCUGAUUUUAAAUUAUGGCAAACUAUUUUUCAAUUAUUAAAAUUAUAUUGUUUGAAAUCUUGGUGUAAUUAAUCAUUGGUAUUUUAUUAAAUUGCCUCAUUGAAGGAA